AUGACCGUUAAAAUUGGGGACUUUGGUAUGACCCGUGAUAUCUAUGAAACAGAAUACUAUAGAAAAGGAAGUAAAGGGCUGAUGCCUGUGAGAUGGAUGGCACCAGAAAGUCUUAAAGACGGUGUCUUCACCAGUGCGUCAGAUGUGUGGAGUUAUGGAGUAGUGCUCUGGGAAAUGGCUACCUUAGCUUCACAACCUUACCAGGGCUUGUCAAAUGAACAAGUACUGCGGUAUGUGAAGGACGGAGGAGUGAUGGAAGCACCAGAGAACUGUCCAGAACAAUUAUAUGAUCUGAUGAGGCGGUGUUGGCAGUUCAAACAAAUGCACCGUCCCACGUUUCUGCAGCUGGUUGAAAUGCUUCUUCCCGACGCAGAUGUAUUGCCUUCAUUUAGUGAUCGAUCCUUUUAUCAUAGUCCAGAGGCCUCUGAACUCCGGCACCCUCCUACACAUGGGCUGGCCCCAUUGGAGGAGGGAGAGAUGGACGCAGACAUUGAGGCCAUCUCACCCAGGACUCCUCUCAGAUGUGCUGUGCACGAUAUUGAGGAUUUUGAUGUAGAUGGCUCAGAAAGUGAAACAGAACAGCAUCCCGAGCAGAGUGGUAUGCCUGCCCCUGCACCCAGCAGUUACGCACAGUACCAUAAAGCUUAUUCAAGUGACUCAAGUAGAGAUAGUAAAGCCAGCAACGGCAGCAGUGCAAAUGUCAACACAGCCAAUGGCUUCAUCCGUGAUCACUGGCAUCGGCACGGCAACGGAGCCACGUCCCAUACUUCACAUCCUCCUCACAGUUCUCACCACGGACCACCUCCGACCCUCAAGACGACAGAAUGUUGA